CUCUGCGUCGAGCAAGCGCGCCCCGCGGCGGUCGGCAGAGGGCUGGAGCUACGGCCCCUGGCGCGCAGAGAGCGCUGGCAGACGAUCCCUGCAGCGGUUCCGCGCCAAGGCCAAAACUUCACAGAAACACGGCGUGUGGGCGCGCAUCCAUCGCCAGGACGACGUCACACAUCAUGAGCCUGCGCAAGCUGCCAUACCGGACGGCCACUGCCCUGUGCAGAGACGCCAGGCCCACCGCGAAGGCGCUGCAGCCACUGCUUCGCCGCAAUGCCUCGACAGACGCCGCCCCCGAUGUCGAGACGACAUCGUUCGCGACCGGCCCAGUGAAGCCCGCAGCCGCCACCAAGGACUUUGAUCCCAUAGCGCGCAGCCGGGCGAGGAGGAGAGGCAACAAACAGCUCCCCCCCAGCAGAUACCAGUACCGCGAGCCCAAGUACUAUCGUGGCCCGCUGCAUCCCCACCAGCCUCUCCCCGUCUCUGAUCCGGCCUCGAGACGCUUCCAGCCCGGGCCCUUCAGCCUGCCCCGCCUCGACCAGACCUACCAGAGCACCAUCGCGCAGGACAUACUCGCCAUGACGUACCAGCACUACCCGCCCGGCUUCCGCGCGCCAAAGGUCGAGCAGAGGCUGCGCGAAUGGCAGGGCGAAUCGCCGUACUACAAAGGGCGACCGCUGCGAGGGCCGCGUGGAAAGGGUGAGGUCCUCCGUCUGCUCCAGGAGCCGCGCACCUUUCGCAACCUGCCCAAGAUCACAAAGGUCGUUGUCCACUCGAUGAUCCCCGAGGCCAUGCAGGACAGCGCCGUCAUGCACGUGGCCGGCAUGAUCCUCCAGGCCAUCACCAAUGUGCGUGUCGAAGCACACAAGGCGAGACACAACGUCGUGGGAUGGGGGUUGCGCGAGGGCCGCUACGUCUCCGUCACGGCAACGCUGGAGCGCGAAGACGCGUCGUACUUUCUCGAGAAGCUCAUCGACGUGGUCCUGCCCAGGAUCAAGGAAUGGAAGGGCGUGCCCGGCUCGUCCGGAGACGGCCACGGCAACAUCAGCUUCGGUCUCACACCCGACCAACUUGCCCUCUUCCCGGAGAUCGAGGUCAACUACGAUGCAUACCCGCCCAAGAUGAUUCCCGGUUGCCACAUCACCAUCAUCACUGAUGCCACAAGCAACAAGGACGCACGCCUGCUGACACAGGCCAUUGGCCUGCCGUUCUACGGCAAGCUCAACGAUUGAGAGGAGCAUCGCUGUGUAGAAAACCUGUAACAUGUGUAACACUUUUAAGCGUACGUCGUAGGCGGCAAUGUAUCGAGCGUUUGUCGUAGCAACCAGUGUAUUCAACGAGACCCAUCCAGCGAAGGUGGGGAUACAAGCUCAUCAACUUUGGUCACAGUGAACGGUUGAUC